UUAUGGGCGAUAGCGGGGAUCCUGUGACAGAAUCUGAAACUAUCAAAAAGGAAGCGAACACUUGUUUUUCACAGGGUCAAUUUGAUAAAGCCAUCGAACUAUACACAUCAGCUAUUGAAAUUGAUCCAGAAAAUGCCAUUCUAUACAGUAACAGAAGCUUCGCUCAUCUCAAAAUGGAGAGCUAUGGGUACUCACUGGCAGACGCUACGAAAUCAAUAGAGCUCAACUCAGGGUACAUAAAAGCCUACUACAGAAGAGCCAGUGCAAAUUUUGCAAUUGGUAAAUUCAAAGUAGCUCUGAAAGAUUUCGAAAGUGUUGCCAAGGCUAAGCCAUCAGAUGCUGACGCACAGAAGAGGUUCAAAGAGUGUGAGAAAAUUGUUAGGAAGAUUGCUUUCGAAAAGGCAAUCGCUGUUGAUGACAAGGAGAGUGUAGUCGAGACUAUCGACUUGGAUUCGAUGGUCAUCGAAGACUCCUACACGGGGCCAUCGCUGGAUGAGGACGGAUGCGUCACGAAAGAGUUUACAGAACAACUGCUUCCAUACCUUAAAAGCCAGAAGGUUUUGCACAGAAAGUACGCGUACAGAAUUCUGCUCGAAAUCAAAAACAUGUUUGAAAAAGAAGAGACGUUAGUUCGAGUUAAUAUCGAGGACAAAAACCAGAUCACAGUGUGUGGGGACAUACACGGACAGUUCUAUGACCUCCUCAAUAUCUUCGACAUCAAUGGAGUCCCCUCCGAGACAAAUCCAUACUUAUUCAAUGGAGACUUCGUGGACAGGGGCAGUUUCUCAGUAGAAGUAGUCAUGACUCUAUUCUCUUUCAAGGUGUUGUACCCUAAGCACGUAUAUCUGGCCAGGGGAAACCACGAGAGUCUGACGAUGAACAACAUGUAUGGGUUUGAGACGGAGGUCGGCACCAAGUACUCCUCUCAGAUGUUCAAACUAUUCACAGAAGUAUACUGUCUUCUUCCACUCGCGCACUGCAUCAACAAUCAAGUUCUAAUCAUGCACGGUGGUCUUUUUGCCGAAGACGGCGUAACAUUAGACGACAUCGCAAAGACAGAUCGAAACAGACAACCGCCCGAAUCUGGGAUAAUGUGCGAUCUUCUCUGGAGCGACCCACAGUCAAUGAAAGGCCGGGCUCCCAGCAAACGAGGCGUCGGCUGUCAUUUUGGCCCCGAUGUCACGGAACGCUUUCUGAAGGAGAAUAAUUUGAAGUAUAUCAUCAGAAGUCAUGAGGUCAAGAUGGAAGGUUACGAGGUCGCUCACGGGGGCAAGUGUAUAACAGUGUUUUCGGCUCCCAACUACAUUGACCAAAUGGGCAACAAAGCAGCUUUUGUUAAACUAACAGCCCCCGAUUUGAAACCGGAGUUUAAAACAUACGAUGCAGUGCCUCAUCCCAAAGUAGCGCCUCCAAGAAUGCCCUUUUUCCUAAUGUGAUAUAGCUUUCAAUAUUUUGCUGUAAAGAUUAUAUUUUUUUUCUGAGGAAUGCGAGUCUUGCGUUGCUGAACUUUUGAAUUACAUCCUGAUUGCCAUAUCUGACUUUGUUACAAGUGGCAGUCAUUUGAAUUAUUGCGUUAGAUGAUCACAACAUAAAACUACAUUUAUUUGUUCGAAAUAUAUUUUUGAUGUUCAUG